AAAUUAAUAACCAAAAAGCUCUGCGUCGAACUUCAGCCCCUUCGAGUUGGCGACGGGGCAACAGCCUCUGACGCCCCACACCAUUGCGGCAGGAGGAGGCUUGCCCAUCAGCCUACUUUGCCAAGACGUGGCAGGAGCGCAACGACCUAGCCCAAACCUACUAAAACUAAAGGCCUUAAUGUCAAAUAAAAAAACCGAGGAAAAUAACGUCAAGUAGAAACGAACAAGGUCUUACGGCACGAUCGCUAUCUCUUUUAUUUUUCUUUAUCUCUCCUCUAUAGAAAGAGGGGAUGAUACGUGGCGUGGUAUACCUGAUCGUUUGGUCAACGAGACGUACGUAAGUCGACAUAGCUCCAUUUAUAUUAAAAUUCUUUUUUUUCUUUCACUUAGCCCGCCUCUCCCCGGACCAACCCGGAUCUGCCCUCGAAAGUCUCUCUGCAUUUUGGGAGCAGAGCAUGCAAAAUCGAGCAAUGAAUCUUAGAAAAAUCUCCUCGGGUCUCUAAAAAUCUAUAAAAAUGAAAAGCCCGGGUAGAAGCACAAGCAAAAGGAGAGAGGAAAAGUAAAAAAAGGAAGGGGGGAGGAGACUCGCCUCAAUACUUCCCACUGGACGAGAGGCGCACCUAACCCACCUACCCACUCAUCAAUCACGGUGUUCAGCUGACUUGCACUGAUAGACCCCUAUUGUAUUGGAAUUAGGCGCCCAUCUUUUGACUGUUGUCAACUAAUCUCUUCAAUGUUCGAUUCUACUCUAUGUUAGAACAUUUCUGUGAAUGCUAUUCUGAUCUAAGUGGUCCUAUUCUGUGUCCCGUGCUAGGAAGCAUUAUUCCUCUUUUCAUUCCAAAUUCAAGAAUACGACCGAUACGAUUGAUUGGUCUGUGUGCCUCUCUUAUUACUUUUUUGUAUUCCCCUGUUCCUCGGAUACAAUUCGAUCCUUCUACGGCCAAAUCUCAAUUUGUGGAAAGCCUUCGAUGGCUUCCUUAUGAAAACAUAAAUUUUAAUUUGGGUAUAGACGGUCUCUCUUUUUUCUUCGUGAUAUUGACCACAUUUCUGAUCCCUAUUUGUAUUUUAGUGGGUUGGUCUGGUAUGAGAAGUUAUGGGAAAGAGUAUAUUACAGCAUCUCUAAUUCGUGAAUUUCUAAUGAUCGCCGUGUUCCGCAUGCUGGAUCCUCUACUAUUCUAUGUUCUUCCCGAAAGCGUGCUAAUCCCUAUGUUCAUUAUUAUAGGGGUAUGGGGUUCGAGACAAAGAAAGAUCAAGGCAGCAUAUCAGUUUUUCCUUUAUACUUUACUUGGAUCUGUUUUUAUGCUAUUAGCUAUUCUGUUGAUUCUUUUCCAAACAGGGACCGCCGAUUUACAAAUAUCAUUAACCACAGAAUUUAGUGAGCGGCGCCAAAUCUUUCUAUGGAUUGCUUCUUUCGCCGCUUUCGCCGUCAAAGUGCCUAUGGUACCAGUUCAUAUUUGGUUACCCGAAGCUCAUGUAGAGGCACCUACGGCAGGAUCCGUCAUCUUGGCAGGAAUUCCUUCAAAAUUGGGAGCCCACGGGUUUUUAAGAUUUUCAAUACCCAUGUUUCCCGAAGCAACACUUUGUUCCACUCCUUUCAUUUAUACUCCAAGCGCGAUUGCUAUAAUCUAUACUUCCUUGACCACUUCAAGACAGAUCGAUCUUAAGAAGAUCAUUGCUUACUCCUCAGUAGCCCAUAUGAAUCUGGUGACUAUUGGUAUGUUUAGUCGGGCGGCGGCCGUUAGGUCACCUAUUUUUAGUUAUGGACACAAAAGACAAGGCCAAAACAUGUGUGCCGGGCGUGCGACCCAUCAACCUACGAACAUACAGGGAAUUGGAGGUAGCAUUCCACCGAUGUUAAGUCAUGGACUGGUUCCUUCAGCCCUUUUUCUAUGUGUUGGUGUUCUAUAUGACCGACAUAAGACUCGACUUGUUAGAUAUUACGGAGGGUUAGUGAGCACCAUGCCGAAUCUCUCUACCAUUUCCUUCUCUUCCACUUUGGCCAAUAUGAGUUCACCUGGUACUAGCAGCUUUAUCGGGGAAUUUCCCAUCUCAGUAGGAGCUUUCCAAAGAAAUAGCUUAGUAGCCACAUUAGCAGCGCUUGGGAUGAUUUUAGGCGCGGCGUAUUCCCUUUGGCUAUAUAAUCGUGUGGUUUCUGGAAAUUUAAAAGCCGAUUUCCUCCAUAAAUUCUCCGAUCCAAAUGGCAGAGAAGUUUCCAUAUUUAUACCUUUUCUUGUUGGAGUUGUUCGGAUGGGUGUUCACCCCAAAGUGUUCCCGGACCGCAUGCAUACAUACGUAAGUAACUUAGUGCAACAUGGCAAAUUUAAUUGAGAGGAAUCAGCAAAGAAAAGAAAAACGGGUCAA